AUGUUAUUUGAUUUCGCUAGCUGGUAUAGGAGGUGGCGUUAUGGUGAAGAAAGCCGUGUUGAUUUAGUUCUUGUAGGUCCACCGGGUAGUGGAAAAGGGACUCAGGCAGCCAAGAUAGCUGAACGUUAUAAAAUCUGUCACCUAUCUACCGGUGACAUUCUGAGGGCUAUUAUAGCGUCAGGAUCAGAACUUGGUCUAAAAGUACAGAAGAUUACGGAAUCAGGAGGACUUGUUUCAGAUGAUCUAGUUUGUGACUUAAUAGCACAGAAAAUCGAUUCUCCUGAAUGUAAGCACGGACUUCUUUUCGACGGGUUUCCACGUACAGUAGAGCAAGCCAAGAAACUUGACAUCCUUCUUAGAGAUCGUCGCAUUAAUCUACUGGCUGCUUUGGAAUUCAAGCUUGAUCCUUCCAUAAUAGAAAAAAGAAUUUGUGGUCGGUUAUUCCACUUGGCUAGUGGUAGGUCAUAUCAUGAGUUGUUCAAUCCCCCUAAAGUCCCUAUGGUAGACGACAUUACUGGUGAUCGUCUUGUCCAUCGUCCCGAUGAUAAACCUGAAUCUCUAAAAAAACGCUUGUAUGAGUACGAAAAAAAUGCGGCGCCUAUAUUACACUUCUAUGAAUCUCAAAACAAACUUUUGCAAAUAAAUGCAAACAAAGAUGUUGACCAGGUGUUCAGGGAUAUUCAAGAACGUAUUAGUAAAAAAUUAGCACAGAAUCUAUAA